UGUUGUGGGAAGGACGGGAUCCACACCGGGCGAAUGCACACCCUUCAUCACCGGUUUCCACAGUGGUUCUCAACCUUUGGACUGUCCACCUUUUUUGGACUUCAACUCCCAGAAUCCCUUACCGUUGCUCACGCUAGAACAGCUUUCUGGGAGUUGACGUGUAGAGGAUUAAAGCCUAAGAGCUAUUUCUCUUCUCUAUGGAUGGGGGCCCUUCAGAACUUACCGAAUUCCAGCACCCACCAUCCCUGACCGUUGAGUGGUGUUAAGAACUCAGCGAUGUCUGGAGGGCCACAUGGAACAUUGCAGAAUGUGUGGCAUAUUUUGUAGUCCAAAAUAGAAGUUUCCAAGCUUGGAAAGAUGUCAGUACAAUUGCACUGGGUUUGCAAUUGGAGAUCAGCACUGCAAGUAUUGCAGCAUUAGAGGACAGAAUGGCUGACCCACAUUCCCUUGCGCCCUCCUCCUGCGACUGCUUUGUCUCCCUUCCCCCCGCCUCAGCCACCAGAGAGGUAAUCUUUGGCAAGAAUUCGGACCGGCCAAAGGAUGAAGUUCAAGAGGUUGUCUACUUCCCUGCAGGAUCUCAUGCCAGGGGGUCAAAAGUCCAGUGCACGUACCUUGAAGUGGAUCAGGCAGAGCAAACCCAUGCAGUCAUUCUGAGUCGGCCUGCCUGGCUGUGGGGAGCAGAGAUGGGGGCCAAUGAACAUGGCGUCUGCAUUGGGAAUGAAGGUGUGUGGACCAAGGAACCCGUUGGUAAGGAGGAAGCUUUGCUGGGCAUGGAUCUAGUCAGGCUGGGUUUGGAGAGGGGCAGCAGUGCCCACGAAGCCCUCGGGGUCAUAACAGCCCUUCUGGAACGAUAUGGCCAAGGGGGCAACUGCAAGGAGGAGCCGACCCCUUUUAUUUACCAUAACACCUUCCUCCUGGCGGAUCGCACUGAAGCCUGGGUCUUGGAAACAGCUGGGCGAUAUUGGGUGGCUCAGAGGAUUCGAGAAGGUGCCCGGAACAUCUCCAACCAGCUGAGCAUUGGGACAGACAUUACUGCUGAGCAUGCAGACCUGAGGCAACAUGCACAGAAGCAGGGGUGGUGGAGUGGCAAAGGGGAGUUCAGCUUCCAGGAGGUGUUCUCACUCACUCACCAGCCAGUCCGCAUGGAAGCCGCCAAAGCUCGGUACUGUGCUGGCCAGCAGCUCCUCUGCCAACAUUCAGGGCAGAUUACUGCAGAAACCAUAAUGACCAUUUUGAGUGACAAGACGAGUGGAAUCUGUGUUGAUUCAGAAGGUUUCUGCACCACAGGAAGCAUGGUGUCCAUUCUGCCACAGGAUUCCCAAUUGCCUUGUGUCCACUUCUUCACUGCCACACCAGAUCCUUCCAGGUCUGUCUUCAAACCCUUUAUCUUUGUUCCCAACAUCACUUCCUUCCCUCAGGUGAAAUCACCAAGCUUUGGUGACAAAGAUCCCAUUAAGCAGAAUCCACGGUUUCAGAGCCGGGUCGACCGACGGCAUGAGCUCUACAAGCAACAUCAAUUAGCCCUGGAAGCCAUGGAACAGAAUCAGGAUGAGAGACAGGUAAUCCAGAAGAAUAUGCAGACAUUUCAGCGGCAGACCCUGGAGAUAAUUAAAAACCUGUUGGUAGGCUCUGUACCUCUGAAACCCCAGGAGUUAAGUGACCUCUUCUAUAAAUCAGUGGACACAGAACUCAAAUUGUACAAAAGAUAGACACCUAUCUGGACAGGUAGGUUGAGGUUUCAUCCUGAUACUACUGAGAAAUGAAUGUGUCACAGAGCUAUUUUCUUUGAACUUCAACGGCUAGGCAUGCUGGCUGGGGGAUUCUGGGAGUUCUUGUCCAGAAAAGAUGUCAAUGUUCUGAUGACUCCUACUCAUGGAGGAGGAUGAGGAUAAUGUUUUAUUUUCUUAAGCUUAAUGUCCUGGUGUUAGAACAUGCAGCCUAUGGAACUCAUUGUCAGUGAAUCACAUCAGGCUGUUAGCACAAUUGUUUGCUUUGAAAAGCUCAUGAAGGCUGGAUUCUAACCAUCUUCCAGGCAAGGCAUAAUAAUAAAAUCUGAACUGUUCAACUA